AUGGAUGAAAUAUUGUCAUUGUCCAGAGAAGGGCUCAUUGACAGAUGCCAAAAUCAAGAAAAAGAAAUUAAAAGUCUUAAAAGAAAACUACAAGAAAAAGAAUAUAAAAUUGAGACAUUAAAAUUUAAAUUAAGGAGAACCGCAUUUAAAGAUCCAUCAAUUUUGAUGAAAGAAGCUAGAAAAUUAAGAAGUGAAGUCACAGAAAAUUAUGGGAGUAGCGAAAAUGAAUUUUGGAAUGCGCCUUUAUCAGGCAGCUCUAUGAAUAAAUCAAAACUUGAAGAUUUUGAAUCUUUCAAGCAUUUAUUUCUCUUUUCUCCUUCACCUGCCAAUAAAAUCACUUUAAAAUCUAAAAUUCCCAAUGAAAGAACUGAAAGGAAAGAGAAUUAUGUUCAAAAGAGAUACAAAAGCACAAUGGCAAGAUAUCAAAAAAAUCCUUUGCCCGCAAUCACUAACAAAGGGGUAGUUUUAUAUUAAUUUUUUUUCUGAUUAGAGUAUUUGAAAGUUAAAAUAGCCUUUAAUUUUAUAAAUUUAUGCUAUAGAAUGCAAGCAGUCUAAUAUAAUUUUGUUAUAAUCAAUAUUGUUUAUAUAUAAAACUCUUUGAUCUAGUAUUAGGGAUAAUUUCUUAAAACAGGAUGAUUUUUUCAAUGGUUUUGCAGGGAUGGUAAGAGGACUAAAAAAUAG